UUUGUCCCCUAUAAACGGCUAAUCUUUCUUGGAUUUUCAAUUACCUUGUUAAGCAAGUAUCCUUUCCAAUUUUCACUUUACUUCACUUCUAAUCUUCUCAAUUCUCAUAUCUAUGGUAUCCCUUUUCCCCCUAUCUUUAUGUUUCAAUUCUUUCUGGAUUUCUUUCUUAAUUGGGUAUCCUUAAAAAAGUUGGUGUUUGUCGUUUUUUUUUUUUGGGAAUUUUUGGGUUGAGAAAUGGAGCAAGAAGGAUCUAUGGUGUCAGGGGCUGUGACGGCGCCGGCGCCGACGUCUUUAGCGCCGGGAUUCAGGUUCCAUCCGACGGAUGAGGAAUUAGUUAGGUACUAUCUCAGGCGAAAGGUUUGUGGGAAGCCAUUCAGGUUUCAAGCUGUUACUGAAAUUGAUGUAUACAAAGCUGAACCUUGUGAGCUUGCAGAAUAUUCAUCAGUGAAGAGCAGAGAUAUGGAGUGGUACUUUUUCAGCCCCGUGGAUAAGAAGUAUUGUAAUGGAUCUCGACUUAACCGAGCUACUGGUCAAGGCUACUGGAAAGCUACUGGGAAGGAUCGUCAUAUUAGCCAUAAGUCUCAGGCCAUUGGGAUGAAGAAGACACUCGUUUUCCAUAGUGGUCGAGCUCCUGAUGGCAAGAGAACAAAUUGGGUAAUGCAUGAGUACAGGCUUGCGGACAAAGAGUUGGAGAAGGCUGGAAUCGUGCAGGAUUCCUUUGUUCUAUGUAGAAUCUUCCAAAAAAGUGGUUUGGGACCACCAACUGGUGACAGAUAUGCACCAUUUAUUGAGGAGGAAUGGGAUGAUGAUUCAGCCGUGCUUCCUGGAGGAGAGACAGAGGAUGAUGCGGUGAAUGGUGUUGAAGCACGAGUUGAGAGCAACGACCUUGACCAGGAUGCUCCGCCCAAGACUGCUCUCCAUAGUGAAAAUGUGAUUGAACUUCAAUGUCUUCCAUUUGCUUGCAAGAGGGAGAGAUCAGAAGAACCUGAACUUCUCUCUUUAAGCCAAAGUAAGAGAUCGAAGCAUAAUGUUCCGAGCUCUAGCCGUGCAAACGGUUCUGAAGAUUCAACUAUUACUAGCCAGGAUCCGGUGAAUAUGAUGACGACGAAAGAUUGCCCCCUAGGAUUCCCCUUGUUAGAGUCCUUUGAGCCCAAGGAAAGCCAACCUUCUAAUCCCCUGACAUUUGAUUCCUCCAAUCUUGAAAAAUCCGUCCCUCCAGGCUACUUGAAGUUCAUUAGCAACUUAGAGACUGGGAUCCUAAAUAUUUCCAUGGAGAGGGAGACGCUGAAGAUUGAAGUGAUGAGAGCUCAAGCCAUGAUCAACGUUCUUCAAUCGCGGAUUGAUCUUUUGACCAAAGAGAAUGAAGACAUGAGAAGACAUGUCCGAGGUGGUUAGACUAUCGCAGCAUUUCAAUGCGUUUUAGCUUUGUACUAUCUUCAGGAAGAGCAAGAUAUUAAAGAGAUGUUUGAGACAUAUCUGUAGUUCUUACUGUAAACUGGACCAAAUGUACCUUUUAGGUAUCUGCAGAAUUUUUUCUAUUGCAUUGGUUUUAAAUUUUAAUUAAACAUCUUGAGUCUUGCCUCUUGUCUGAAUGAAAUUAUUGUUUGAUAGCAGUGGUGUUAGGUUAUAUUGU